UUUCAGAAACUGCUGGGAAUUUCACACAAUAGUCUCUAGAAUUUUACACAGAAUGGUGUCAGAAAAAACCCAUAAAAACACUGAGUGAGGGACAGUUCUGUGGGUGGAAACAUCUUGUUGAUAAGAGAGAUCAGAGGAAAGUGACCAGAUUGGUCAGAGCUGCCAGGAAGGAUAUACUGUAGUAACUCAUAUAAUCACUCUUUAUAACCGUGGUUAGCAGAAAAGCAUCUCAGCAUGCACAACACAUCAAACCAAACCACAGAGAUCACAUUUCCCCCCAUUCUGAUGUUUGAUGUGAGCAUUGUAUGCAUUGUGCUGCUGUCACAUGAUUGGCUGAUUGGAUAACUGCAUAACUAAGCAUUGAUAUACUUAUUAUUCAGUAAUUGUUUGAACAGGUAUGCAUGUAGAGAGCAGCAAUGUCUAGCCUUAUUUAAACAGAUCCUCUCCUAAUCGAAGACAUUUCACAAAACAGGAAACAGAAGAACAUAAGAACGCAGAGCAUCUGUUUUGUUUUGUAGUUAGAUAUUAUGCCCUGAACAUACAUUGCGAAUAAUUAUUACAUUUUAAUUGUUAAGUACUUAUUUAAUUAAUUAAUAUCUACAUGUUGUUCUAGACAACUAUUUGUGAUAUCUUGUUUGUGAACCCUUGUGUGUUUUACUCAGUCAGUGAAGUGAUGGUUGUUUGACCUGACUGUGUGUGUGUGUGUGUGUGUGUGUAGCUGUUAUUAGCAGGUGCAGUGCGUAUAGCAGUUAAUGGUAUAGCAGAUAAGGUUGAAUGUAGUAAGAGCUCCAUGGUGGUGCGCUGCAGUGACGGCUGGGACCGUACGGCUCAGCUCACCUCUCUGGCCAUGCUGAUGCUGGACUCGCACUACUGCACACUCAGGGGCUUCCAGGUACUGAUCGAGAAGGAGUGGAUCAGCUUCGGACACAAGCUGGCCUCGGUGCAUAUGAGCAGUGAGGGCGUGGUUGUGUGUGGGCGUGUGAACGCAUGUAUAUUUAACGCCAUCUUUCUCUCUCUGUGUGUUUCUCAGCGUGUCGGCCUUGGAGAUGAGAAUCACGCCAACUCGGAACGAUCCCCUCUCUUUGUGCAGUUCAUCGACUGUGUGUGGCAGAUGAUGAGACAGGUGAAACCCAGGGCUCAAACCAAGAGAAGACAUUCAGAGCUAUUCAUUCUUUAAAGUCCAUUUAACAAGGUACACCUGGGCAGCAAGAAAAACCAUCAGUCACUCGUUCCAGUAUUUUUGAACAAUUAAUGAAUAGGGUGGCUUCAAAAAAAGCUGCCAUGUUUUAAUCUGUGUAACACGUCUAGAUGUAAAUAUGAGGAAACGAAAGCUGAAAUUCUGAUCUAUCGUCUCAUAUUUGUCUUUUAUCUCAAACCCAAAUGUCUUCAGUAUAUAGCAAAAGCAAUAGAAUUGGCCUUGAUGUUCCAAUACUUUUGAAGAGGACUCUAAUUGUAAGAAAUAAAUAUAAUUUCCGUACUGAA